GGCAUCAAUAGAAAAAAUGUCUUUUGAAUCGAUAUCAAGAAAUUCUGAUAUCUGGUUGAUUAUCUACAAUCUAUUAAGUCUUCGAGAUCAACUGAGGCUAGCCCAGGCCAGUCGCCCACUGGAGAGCAUCUUUAGACUGCUGAUAUGGCCCAGCAUGAGCAACAGUGCCCUCAGCAUUUAUGUGGCCAAAAGUAAAAAGUAUUUUAUGGUCUCAAAUGAGAGUGAGCAAACUCAGAUAUGGCUUAGCAAAGAGGAAUAUCUGGAAUUUGCCUCCCUCUUUGCUGAAAGUGUGCAAAAAGGUUAUUUCCGAGAAUUCUGCGCCACGAUCAAUGCAUUUAAGAAUCUCCAUAGUCUGCAGUUGCGCUUGCUUAAAGGCAGCGGCUGCCUGCUGAGUACAUUGCAGCAAAAUUUGCCUUGUUUGCAAAGUUUGGCCCUCACUCAUAUCUUGCAUAAUGAGUUGAGCGAGGAACUAUUGCAGCCCCUACAGGGAAUGACCUCUCUCAGACGCCUGGUUAUGAACUUUGGUUAUCUGCCUUGUGAUGGCAUUACUCUGCAGCAGUUGCAGCGAAUCCUUAGCCUUUCACGGCUGGAAAUAUUGGAAUUGGCUAGUUAUUACAUUGCCAGCGAGUGCAAGGACAUUGCCUGGACAAAAAAUGAUGUGGCUGCCUUAAAACAGCUGACAUUGGCCUUUGAUUUUAACAUUGAGCAGUGGUUCCAUGGCAGUUUGCUCUUCUCUGCUAUUUUGAACAAUCUUUCCCUGUUGGAUUUGGAUUUUCGUAACAAGAGCUGCAGAUAUGAGAAUCUGCACUUCAUUGCAAGCACCAGCAAAAAUCUAAAGAAACUCUCCAUGCAUCGAGUGGAAUUCUUGAAUGUCGACCACUUUGUGUUGCCACCCAAUCUAAGCGAACUUUGCCUUGAUUCAUGUCUGGGUUUGACCCAACAACAUUUAAGACAAAUCCUUAGUGCUGCAAAUCGAAUCGAAGCAUUUCGCUCAUUGUCUACCAUCUACGAGGGACCAAUAGAACUUUUCGAAGUACUACCCCACAUACACACCUUAUCCAUAGACACGCUGGAGGAACGUCCUUUUCAUAACAAUUGGGAUAUAGUAGAGCUACUUGAGGCACCACUGACAAGCUGCAUAAAUUUACGCAUCCUAACAUUAACUGGACUUUGUCAUGUUGAGAUCGGUGUACUGCGUCAACUAAAACAUUUGCACACUUUAAAGACUUGGAUACCAGGUUCGGGCUGGUCCUAUUUCCUCGAUCUUCUAGGGUUGCCACCAUUGCGCCAUUUACACAUAAAUUGCAAAUACAAUAUUUUUUACAUGCCCCAUUUUGAAGCAUUUUCAAGUAAUCUAACAUUGCUGAAGGUUGAACACUUUCAUCCAAACCUUUUGCCAUUUCUUGUGGAAUUAUUUUUGGAAAACCCACAAAUGGAACUGAUACUUGCCAAUGUAACUGUAAACUGUUUGGAAAGUUUGAAAAUUUUCUUCAAUGAUGGCGAUUUUCUUAGAACGUUGCAAUUAAUUUACGGAUGCACCAUUGACUGUGACGAUCUAAUAAAAAAAUUUGAUGAUGUGGUUAAACAAUGUUUACAUCUUUAUAACGGAUUUGAUUUUCCCAAAAGAGACAUGGCUCUGCGAAGAAAAUAAAUUUACAAAAAAGUGAUUCAAAUACCUUAUCGCUUGCAGCCAAAACAUUUAUGUCGCCAAUGAAAAAUAGUUGUGUAGAAUACAAGAUGGC